AUGGCCUUAAUUAAUUUACAUGAUGUAUUUUUAGCCAUAAUUUGUUUCCCGUAUGACAGAAAUCAUGUUCAUGUCAACAAUGUUACAGAUUGCCACAGAUCUGUUUCAAAGCUUUCCUGUCUCUUCAUCAAAAUCAGGUACACCUUUGCCUCUGGCUCUCCAGACAACAUCAAGCAGUGGAAAUGUCCUGAUGGGAACUUCAUCCAAAAUCUUUCCGGACACAACGCCAUCAUCAACACGCUGGCUGUCAAUUCAGAUGGAGUUCUGGUGUCUGGAGCUGAUAACGGCACUAUUCACAUGUGGGACUGGAGGACUGGCUACAACUUCCAGAGGAUUCAUGCGGCGGUGCAGCCCGGUUCUCUAGACAGCGAGUCUGGGAUCUUUGCGUGCGUGUUCGAUCAGUCUGAGAGCCGCCUCAUAACAGCAGAGGCCGACAAAACCAUCAAGGUCUACAAAGAGGACGACACGGCUACUGAAGAAUCCCACCCGGUUAAUUGGAAACCUGAGAUUCUGAAGAGAAAAAGAUUUUAGAAUGUUUUUUUUUUUUGCUAUUUCAAAUUUUUCAUUUUGUUACGUUUUAGCCAUCUAAGACCGUUUCUGCUCAUGGCAUAAACGACACAUCCACAGUUUUAGACUUCAGAUCAGAUGACGCAUUUAGCUUUGCUCUAUCUAUUAAAAAAA